CCAGAGCAGAGGAGCCGGGUGCCCACUGAGGCAGCCAUGGGGCUGCUGACCGGGGAGACACUGGGGCCCCUGGCCGUGGCCGUGGCCAUCUUCCUGCUCCUGGUGGACCUGAUGCACCGGCGCCAGCGCUGGGCCCCACGCUACCCACCAGGCCCCAUGCCCCUGCCUGGUCUGGGCAACCUGCUGCAGGUGGACUUGGACGACCCGCUUUGCUGCUUUACUCGGCUGCGGCGUCGCUUCGGGAACGUGUUCAGCCUGCAGCUGGCCUGGACGCCCGCGGUCGUGCUUAACGGGCCGGCAGCCAUGCGCGAGGCGCUGGUGGACCGCAGCGAGGACACCUCCGACCGCCCACCUGCUGCCGCCUACGAGCACCUGGGCUACGGGCCGCACGCGGAGGGAGUGAUUCUAGCCCGUUAUGGGGGCGCGUGGCGGGAGCAGCGGCGCUUCUCCGUGUCCACCCUGCGCAACUUCGGCCUGGGCAAGAAGUCGUUGGAGCAGUGGGUGACCGAGGAGGCCUCGUGCCUCUGCGCCGCCUUCGCAGACCAGGCCGGACGCCCCUUUAGCCCCAACGCCCUUCUGAAUAAAGCAGUGAGCAACGUGAUCUCCUCCCUGACCUUCGGGCGCCGCUUCGAGUACAACGACCCGCGCUUCCUCGAGCUGUUGGACCUCGCGGAGAAAGGUGUGCAGGAGGAGUCAGGCUUCCUGCGCAAGGUGCUGGAAGCGAUCCCAGUGCUCCUGCGUGUCCCAGGGCUGGCUGCCAAGGUCUUUCCGGGGCAGAGGGCCUUCAUGGUCCUGCUGGAUGAGCUGAUUGCUGAGCACAGGAUGACCCGAGACCCGGCCCAGCCUCCCCGAGACCUGACUGACACCUUCCUGGACAAGGUGGAAAAGGUCAAGGGGAACCCUGAGAGCAGCUUCAAUGAUGAGAAUCUGCGCCUGGUGGUGGCUGAUCUGUUCACUGCUGGGAUGGUGACCACCUCGACCACGCUGACCUGGGCCCUCCUGCUCAUGAUCCUGCAUCCGGACGUGCAGCGCCGUGUCCAACAGGAGAUCGAUGAGGUGAUAGGGCAGGCGAGGCGACCAGAGAUGGGGGACCAGGCCCACAUGCCCUUCACCAUGGCCGUGGUCCAUGAGGUGCAGCGCUUUGGGGACAUCAUCCCACUGGGCUUGCCCCACAUGACAUCCCACGACACUGAAGUGCAGGGCUUCCUCAUCCCCAAGGGGACGACGCUCAUCACCAACCUGUCCUCGGUGCUGAAGGACGAGACCGUCUGGAAGAAGCCCUUCCGCUUCCACCCCGAGCACUUCCUGGACACCCAGGGCCGCUUCGUCAAGCAGGAGGCCUUCAUGCCCUUCUCAGCAGGCCGCCGCUCGUGCCUCGGGGAGCCCCUGGCCCGCAUGGAGCUCUUCCUCUUCUUCACCUGCCUCCUGCAGCGCUUCAGCUUCUCGGUGCCCACUGGGCAGCCCCGCCCCAGCGACCACCGUGUGUCUGGUGUACUGGUGACCCCAGCCCCCUACCAGCUCUGUGCUGUGCCCCGCUAGAGGGGUCACCAAGUCCCUAACCUGCUCCUGCAGAAGCACUGAUGUACAAUAAACCAGUCUGAUGGCUAUAACCUGGCUUGAGUCCCACUCUGGCCCCGUGACCAGGCAGAGCCAGUGAUUUCGCCUCAGCAGCCUCUCCAGGCCAGCCUCUACCCCUCCCUGAUCCAGCCUCACCUGGCAUUAUACCCCAUUUGAAGAUGGGUAUACUGAGGCUCAGAAGGUGACAGCUUACCCCCUUGUCACCCAUGGAGACCCAGCACUGGCUGCCCUGGUUGGUGACUAAGUCCAUGUAGAAGUCUUGACUCCUGGGUGUCAGGGAGCAGGAGGAGUGUGAAUGGGCUUCUGAUAGGAAUCAGCCCAAUCCCUGGCUGGGUGAGCUCGCUCAGGUUCAGGGAUUCACUACAGGCCUCACAGCGGUCAGAAAAGCUGUUACACCCGCGGUUAUGGUCUUUCCAGAGAAAGGAUCCAGAUAGAAUCAGCAGUGGUCAAAGGCACAUAGGUGGAGUUCCGGGAGCACAGGCCCAAGCUUCCAGCUGUCUCUCCCAGAGGUUUCGUGCAGACAGUGCUCAGUUCUCCCAGCAAUGAUGUGGGACACAGCAGAGAGUAUUGCUCACCAGGGAAGCUCACCUGAGUCUGGGUGUCCAGGGAUUUUCUUGGGGGUCAGUCAAUUAGACUCAGAGAGCCGCAUGGCUGACCUCAGUUACUCAGUCCUCUACCCCUCUCAAGGUCAAACAUUGUGGCCCAAGGGCCCUGCCAUCAGUCACAUUGUUGGCAUAAACUGUGUGGUGUGACCCCAGGCCCCAGUUACAGAGACGUUCUUGUCAGGCAGGUCAUCACAAGGUUAUAGGAGAUGUUUCCCCACAGCUUCUCAAGGGCCAGCCAUUUUUUUUGGAAUGUGCAGAGAUUGAAAACCCCAGACCUACAGAGUAAACUUUUCACUGCACAGGCCACCCCCCUGGUUUUUGGCUCCUACAGCGAAAUGGUCAUAUUUGUUAACAUUUUGUGUGUGUCUGGGCGGGGGGGUGGG